CCCUGCCGCUCACUCCCAUAGCGGAUCUUCGCUCCGCUCACCGCUGCACAAAGGAGCGGGACGACGUUUGAAAGCGGCCGGUCUGGUGAAUCGGGCGGCGGCGUCGAGACAGGCAGAGCCCGAGGCCGGCUACUAGAGCCGCGUGUCUGUCGCCAUGGAGGCGGACAUCCUGGACGCGCUCGAUGCCCUGGGGUACGAUGGACCCUUGUUGGAAGAAGAUGCUCUUUUGAAAGCAGUUGAGACUGGGCCAUCUUCCUCAGAAUUUACUGAACUGUGUGUGUGGUUAUCUUCGCAGAUUAAAAUGUUAUGUAAUCUGGAAGAAAGUAUAAAUAAUAUUACCUGCGCAGAAGAUGUUGAAAGCUUUCUGCUGGAGAUUAACGGUUUCCUAAAAGAAAUGUCGUGCCCCUAUUCAACACUUCUAACAGGAGAUUUUAAAGAGAGAUUAAAAAAGAAGGAAGACUGCUUAAAACUUCUAUUAUAUUUGUCAUCUGAGCUUCAAACUGCAAGGAUCCUACAGUAUAAAUCUCCCCCAGUGUCCAAAGCUGAACGCAAUAAAGAUAUUUCUCGGGAGAUUAAAUCUAUCUUUGCAGCGUUGGGUUUGCCCUGUCCGAUAAUUGAUGUUGCUGAUGCACAAUUAUUUAAGCCUAUAGAGGAGAAGGUGAAAAAUAUAAAUUCCAAAUCUCCCAAAAGUUAUAUAAGUCAACCACUGAUGAAGCUAACACCAACUUCCGAGCAAUGGGAGAAUCUUGAGGCAAUAAACAAAGCUCUCACCAGUGAGUAUGAAUGCCGCAGAAGAAUGUUGAUUAAACGUCUAGAUGUAACUGUCCAGUCAUUUGGCUGGUCUGACAAAGCCAAGGCAAAUACAGACAAUAUGGCAAAAAUCUAUCAACCAAAAAGACAGUCUUUAUCCUUGGCAUCAACGGUAACCCUGGCACAUCUUCUGGCUGCCCGUGAAGACUUGUCCAAGAUUAUGAAGACUAGCAGUGGUUCCUUAAGGAAAGGGACGUCUUGUGCCAUCAACAAGGUUCUGAUGGGGAGAGUUCCUGACCGAGGAGGUAGACCAUCUGAGAUAGAGGCACCACCACCAGAGAUGCCACCUUGGCUGAAGAGACAAGAUGGCGGGAGAGGCGGACGUGGUGGUGGAGGUGGUCGUGGCGGGGCUGGCUGGGGAGGUGGCCAAGGAGGUGCAGGUGGCAGGGGUGGUGGAGGAAGGGGUGCCCAAGGGGGUGGAGGUGGUUGGGGUGGUGGCUAUGGAGGUGGUCAAGGAGGUUGGGGUGGUCAGGGAGGUGGAAGAGGUGGCGGCAGAGGAGGCUAUGGAGACAUGGGAAAUUAUGGUGGACGAGGAGGUUACGGACGAUACUGAAUGAAUAGUGGACAUUAUAAUAUGUUACAAAUACCUGCAAAAACUCGACAUUUCGAGCCACACUCGUUGCAGCCAGUGCAGCAGUAAAGAUUAUACCUGCAGCUGAAAAUAAUUUAUCUCCCCAUGUUCAGAAGAUUGCAGCAUACCAUUACCCUUUAAGGUACAAGAAUGGUAAAGGAUUUUUUUUUUUU